AUGUGUCUGAAAAUUAUUAUUAAUUCAACAUUUUAUUGGAUUUAUUAUAAAAAAUAUUCUUUCUCAUUGAUUAUUUUUCUAAGUUGUUUAACAAUAUUUCAAUAUCGAACGGAUGUUUUUCUUACAAAUAAAAAAGUCGAUUACGAAUUAUCUCAAGCAAUCAAAAUUAAUUUAAAUUUAUCAAUUAAUAAAACAGAUAAUUCAAAUUUAUCAAUUAGUACAAUAGAUAAUUCAACUUAUGUUAAAAAAUGUCCAAAAGAUAUAUCUUUGUUUAAUCAUAUUCCAGUUCGUUCAAAUGAAUUAAUAAAUAUGAUAUCAUUUGUGCUACAAUCUCAAUCAUUAAUGUAUUGUCCUGUACCAAAAGUAGCAACAAAAACUCUUCUUAAUGUUAUACUUUAUAUUCAUGUACGUGAUUUAAUUAAGAACCUUAAUAAUAAUUGGACAAAUAUUGAUAAUACUAAAGCGAAAAUAGAAAGAGCGAUAAAUAUUUCUAAAUUUAUUGGAGAACUUCGAGCUCAUGGAGUUAUAAUUCCUGAACAAGAAAAACCAAAAUCUUUAUCGGAAUUUCUUCAUAUGUAUUUAAAUAUUCUUCAAUUUGUUCUUCAUAAUCGAAGAUCUCAAUGUGCUGUCGUCAUCUUUCCUCAUGAAGAUUAUGUCAAUAAAAUCAUGCGAAAACGACCAAUUCUGCUUGAUGAAAAGGAACUUUCUGUAUCUCGACAACUUUCACGAGUUCACUAUUUAUCUCAUAAAAUUACCUGUGGUUUGAAAGUUAAAUUACCUAAAGAUUACUCUGCAAGAGAAUUAAUUGAUAAAGUGAGAAAUUACUUUUUACCUUAUGGUACUAUCAAAUAUCAAGAAUAUUCCGAUAACAUGAUUUAUUUCAUUUUUGAUGAUUAUGAUUCAGUGGAUCGAAUCGUUCUAGAAAAAAACGCACAUAGAAUAAAAGGAGUACAACUGGUAGUAGAAAAAUUACGCAUACCAAAAGAUCGACGAACCAUUGUUACUUCUGAUGUAAUCGAAUUUUGCAUCCACGUAACGAAUUUACCUAAUGAUGUCAAUGGGAAUGAACUUUCGGAUAUUUUUCGUAUUGAUGUAGCAAAUAUUCUUAUUCGACCUUAUAAUGAAUUACAACAUCAUUUAGUUGAAAACAAUCGAACAUCUAGACCUGUUGAGAACCAAUCGAAUGUCGAAAUACUCGAUGUUGGUAUGGACAUGAUCAGCGAAGGGUUGACUUUUACUUAUUUAGGAGAAGAUGGUUAUCGUGUAAGAAUCAGUAAUUUUCCACCGAAUGUUACACGACCAGAAAUCUUUAAACGUUUAUGGUUAAGAUUUUUUCAAAAUCAAUCACACUUAUUGGUCUUCAACGAAAAUGAUCCAUCACUUCCAACUACUGCCAAUGCUACGAAUGAAAAAUCUUUGGCCUUUGCUAAAGAUUUGAUUCAUGCCUGGCAUAAUCAAACGUUUAGUAGGGAUCAACCGUAUAGUAUGCAAUGUCAGCUAGAAAUGGAUGUCGAUUAUUAUAACUCAAAGAUUGCAAUUUCUCAUCCGAUAAUAUCACAACAAUUGCACAGUUCUACGCCAUCAGUUAUUUCAAGUAUAAAUAGUGGACAAGAUCAACAACUGACUUCACUUGCGUUACCAAAUUCAUGGUCUCUUGUGGAUAAUUUAAAUGUAUUGACUCAGUCUGAUAGUCUUUAUUCCAUCAUCGAUCGAACUGAUUCAAAUAGAAGAGCAUUAUUGAAAAUCUAUUCGACAAUAUCUGAUAGAUCAUCACGAUUACGUGUUGAACGGCAUCGAUUGGCUCUUCAACGACUAGCAAAAGUUGAAGGUGUACCUGAAUUGAUCGAUUGUAAUUAUGAAAAAUCAAUGGUUAAUCAAAAUUCAUGGAAAAAAUUAUGGUUAAUUACAGAAGAACCUAAAGGAACGAGACUGGAUGUUUGUCUUUCUGAUGAAUUGUGCAACUUCAAAGAGAAAAUGCUGAUUAUCUUAGAAUUGAUUAAUUUAGUCGAAAAAAUUCAUCGAUGUGGUGUUGUGCAUCGAAAUCUCAUACCUUCAAAGAUCUAUGUUCAACCCUACAUAUCAACUGAGAAUGGAAAACAAUUCCACUUACAAACAAUUGAUUUUGAUUUUGCUCAUCUAGUUAAUUCAUCGUAUAAAAUUCAAAAAAUUAACAACACAAAUCUUCUUCCACUCAUUGCAAAUCAAGUAACAAAUAAUUUUUAUAUUCCUGUUGAAUUUGAAGUUGAACCACUAAAUAACGAUGAUAUUGACGAGGAAAAAGAAUCAAAGCAACCAGAACGUCAAAGUCUAACUAUUGAUACAGGCUUUAUAUGUGCUAUACUCUUCUGGAUGAUCACUUAUCACGAACCAAAAGCACCACAUUAG